GUCGAACUUCACGAUCUCCCGAGAAAGAGGAAAGGAUGUGACUGGAUUCUCGCUCGCGCGUGCCUCAUCGGCCCCUUCACUUGCUACGUUGUUUGUUUGUGUCCUCUCGUCCUUCGGCGUCGAAAUGGAACGCGGUGCUCGUUAGCGGUGAACCUGUUCGACGUCACGCCGCAGCUUUGGACGAUGAUCCACCGGCAGAUCUUUCUAUCCCAGGUUUUGGUCUACUUUGGGUUGACUGGUCAUUAUGCUGAUGCAGCUCUGUAGUAUCAAGAACUUGUACCAGAAUCGCUUCCUGGGCCUGGCGGCCAUGGCCUCUCCAACCCGUAGCCAGACCCGCCAGCGCUGUAAGGAUCCAGUUCGUCACAGCUAUGGCCCGGAGACCUAUGCCCUGAAUGGUCUGAACCAGGAGGCCUUCAUGCUGGGGCUGUCGCGGUCUACGAGUGACACAGACCUGGUCUCCCCCGACGCCCGGUCCACCCUUACCAUCAGCUCCUCUCACUACACAAUAGGACAGUCUGAAGACCUGGUGAUCACAUGGGACAUCAAGGAAGAGGUGGAUGCUGGAGACUGGAUCGGAAUGUACCUACUUGAUGAGACUUUGUCUGAGAACUUUCUGGACUACAAGAAUCGAGGCAUCAGUGGUUCUAGCAAGGGACACAUAGUUUGGAAAAUCGACUCCGGCUGCAACUUAAGUGACGCUGAGACCCAGGUCUGCUUCAGAUAUUACCACGGUGUGACCGGAGCACUGAGGGCUACCACUCCCAGCAUAACCAUCAAGAAGGGCCCUGCACCUAUAUUAAAGCCAGUGGUGAGUCCUGAAGUCAACCAUGGACUGGGCAACAGGAGACUCAUCAACUUCUCCUUAUCAGACCUGCAGGCUGUUGGUUUGAAGAAGGGGAUGUUCUUCAACCCCGACCCCUACCUGAAGCUCUCCAUCCAGCCCGGGAAGCACAGCAUCUUCCCUUCGCUGCCGCACCACGGCCAGGAGAAACGAUCUGGAGUGGCCUGCAACACCGUCAACCCCCAGUGGAGCGCAGAGAGGUUCAGCUUUGUGUCUCUGCCCACCGACGUCCUAGAGAUUGAAGUGAAGGAUAAGUUUGCCAAGAGCCGCCCGAUCAUUAAGCGUUUCCUUGGGAAGCUGUCGGUCCCCGUCCAGAGGCUGCUGGAAAAACACGCCAUCGGGGACCGAGUGGUGAGCUAUUCGCUGGGUCGCAGGCUGCCAACGGAUCACGUCUGUGGCCAGCUGCAGUUCCGCUUUGAGCUGACCUCCUCUAUUCACCCAGAUGAUGAGGAGGUGUCGCUGGUCAUAGAACCGUCCCGUUUUGACGGGGGGGACGUAGCAGACGUCAACCACGUCUGUGUCGCCCCUGACGACGACGCGCUGAGUGUGGGACCUGACAUGCCUGACCUUCCUCUGGAUGGUCACACCGACUCUGUCACCGAUGCUCCAACCCCCACCGAUGAGGUGUCAGUGCCCGAAGAGGUCCAGCCACAGCCAGAGGGGUCCCCAGAGGUGGAGCAGGGGACGAUGGAGGAGGAGAGCACAAUGAGGGAGGAGCCCCCGGUGACGGAGCCCCGGCCGGAGCCGGAGGAGGCGGCCUCAGCUCCCCAGCAGGAGGAAAGCGAUGGAGUGGAUGGAGAGGAUGUGAGGCAGCAGGAGGAAGGAAUGGAGGAAGAGAUGGAGGCGUCUGACCAUCACGCUGAGGAGGAAGCAGACGAGGAAAACGAAGAUGGGGAGGAAACGCAGCCAAACCCAGACUCUGACGAUCCAGUAGCAGUAACAGUAACGGAUGAGACUGUAGCAGAGGCCAACACAUCCCAGGAGGCUCCAGAGGAACCGACCCAAGGUGCCACAGAGGAGGCCACAGAGGCGGGAGACAGAGGCUGCGCGUCCUGCACCUGCCAGUCCCUCUUCUCCAGCUACACCUCCCAUCCCCCCUCACGCCGUAAAAACCGGCCCUGCUCCCUGCCAGUGUCCGAGCUGGAGACCGUGAUCGCCUCAGCGUGCGGCGAGCCGGAGACCCCGCGGUCCCACUACAUCCGGAUCCACCAUCUCCUCCACAGCCUCCCCUCGGCCCAGGUCAGACCUCCCAGCCAGGAGGAGGAGGAGGCGGGGGAGGGGGGAAAUACGGGCUCCACCUCCACUACAGUAACACCCAAAAUCUCCAAAGACGGAGAAGACGAGGAACAGAAGGAUGAGGAAGAAGAGGACACAGCCCAGUCUCCCUCUCAGGUCCAGGAGUGUCCAGGGCCCUGCUGCCACCGCUCUCUGCCCCGCAGCCUCUCCAUCGAGCGCCUGUCUGAGCUGAACCGGCUCCUGGAGGGUGAGGGGGGAGACCCCGAGGCCGUCAGGAGGAUAUCUCCCUCCUGCCUGGGGAGCGAGGACGGGACCUCCAGCAACAGAGCAGGGAGAAGACCUCCGGGUGAGACCGACUGCGAGUUCUGCGACACCUCCUGCUACAGCACCUCCUGCUACAGCACCUCCUGCUACAGCACGUCGUGCUACAGCAACUCCGGCUACGAGGCGAGGAGCCGCUUCUGCAGCCACACCCGCCUCUCCUCCGUGGACAGCAACAGGCUGUCGGGCAGCACGGUGUUCUCGUCCCAGGAUGAAGAGGAAGACGAGGAGAGCGCCUUCGAGCCUGUGCCCGACGGAGGCCAGACGCCGGAGGAGCAGGAGGCAGGGGGGGCACGAGGAGAGAGGAGGGCGGGGAGGUGGAAGGAGGCCAGGAGGAGGGAGCAGGGGGAGCCAGCCCCGCCCAAGAACGGCUCAGACCUCUCCCCUCCUGUUGGCCACCUUCCAGUCCUGCGACCCAGCCAUGAUCUAAACCAUUUUCCUGCUGCCACUGACCAAGCCUUACCUCCAAACUGGGAGGCGCGCGUCGACAGUCACGGCCGAGUCUUCUACGUGGACCACGUCAGCCGGACCACGACGUGGCAAAGGCCCAGUCACAGCAGCAAGUGUGACCACGGCAUCCCCCGGUCCGGCUCCACCCAGCAAAUGGAGCAGCUCAACAGGAGGUACCAGAACAUCCAGAGAACCAUGGCCUCCGAGGAGGAAGGAGGCAGCCAGAGGUUAGAGCGGAGCAGCAGCACAGAGACCGACACCGAUUCCGCUCCAGCAGAGCCCUCGUCUCCUGUCAAUCACCAAAAGAUGAGCAAUCUCCUCCAGUCACCUGCUGUCAAGUUCAUCACGCACCCAGAGUUCUUCACUGUGUUGCACAGUAACUAUGCAGCCUACCGGAUGUUCACCAGCAGCAGCUGUGUCAAACACAUGAUCCUGAAGGUCCGUCGCGAUGCCAGGAACAUCGAGCGCUACCAGCACAACCGGGACCUGGUGGUGUUUCUCAACAAGUUCGCAGACACGCAAUUGGAGCUGCCAAGAGGCUGGGAGAUAAAGACGGACCCCCAGGGAAAGUCUUUCUUUGUGGACCACAACAAUCGAGCCACGACCUUCAUCGACCCGCGCAUCCCUCUGCAGAACGGUCGGCUGCCCGGCCACCUGGCCCACAGACAGCACCUUCAGAGGCUGCGCAGCUACAGCGCCGGAGAGGCCUCUGAUGUGUCCAGGAGUCGUGGGGCUUCUCUCAUGGCCAGACCCGGAAACAGUCUGGUAGCCGCCAUUCGAAGCCAGCACCAAGCGGACCCCCAGCAGCCGGCCGCACCCUCGUACAAUGACAAGAUCGUGGCGUUCCUUCGACAGCCGAACAUAUUCGACAUGUUGCAGGAGCGGCAGCCCAGCCUCAGCAGAAACCAUGCACUGAGGGAGAAGAUCCACUACAUCCGGACUGAAGGUACACAGGGGGUGGAGAAGCUGUCAUGCGAUGCAGACCUGGUCAUCCUGUUAAGUUUGUUUGAAGAGGAAAUCAUGUCUUAUGUUCCACCUCACCCCAUCCACCCGGGCUUCAGUUUCUCUCCUCGCUGUUCCCCUGCCUCCUCACCUCAGAACUCUCCUGGCUUGCAGAGAGCCAGGGCUCCGGCUCCUUACCGCAGGGAUUUUGAAGCCAAACUAAGAAACUUCUACAGAAAAUUAGAAGCCAAGGGCUACGGCCAAGGCCCCGGCAAGAUCAAAUUGCUGAUCAGGAGGGAACAUCUGCUGGAAGGAACCUUCAAUCAGGUGAUGGCGUGUUCCCGCAAAGAGCUUCAGAGGAACAAGCUCUACGUCACCUUCCUUGGGGAGGAGGGCCUGGAUUACAGCGGUCCAUCCCGGGAGUUCUUCUUUCUGUUGUCUCAGGAGCUGUUUAAUCCUUACUAUGGUCUGUUUGAAUACUCGGCCAAUGACACGUACACCGUUCAGAUCAGUCCCAUGUCAGCGUUCGUUGAGAACCAUCUGGAAUGGUUCCGUUUCAGCGGCCGGAUUCUGGGUCUGGCCUUAAUCCACCAGUACCUGCUGGACGCGUUCUUCACUAGGCCGUUCUACAAGGCCCUGCUCAGACAACCCACAGACUUGUCGGACCUGGAGUAUCUGGACGAGGAGUUUCACCAGUCUCUGCAGUGGAUGAAAGAUAAUGACAUCACUGACAUCCUGGACCUCACCUUCACCGUCAACGAGGAAGUCUUUGGCCAGGUGACAGAGCGGGAGCUGAAAUCAGGCGGCUCCAACCUGCAGGUGACGGAGAAAAACAAAAAGGAUUACAUAGAGCGAAUGGCCAAGUGGAGGGUGGAGAGGGGAGUGGUGCAGCAGACGGAGGCACUGGUCAGAGGAUUCUACGAGGUGGUGGACUCCAGGUUGGUGUCUGUGUUUGACGCGCGGGAGCUGGAGCUAGUUAUCGCCGGGACAGUGGAGAUCGACCUCAGCGACUGGAGGACCAACACCGAGUACAGAGGAGGGUACCAUGACGGCCAUAUAGUGAUGCGGUGGUUCUGGGCGGCUGUGGAGCGCUUCAACAACGAGCAGCGCCUCCGUCUGCUGCAGUUCGUCACGGGGACGUCCAGCGUGCCCUACGAAGGCUUCGCCGCCCUGCGAGGCUCCAACGGCCUGCGGCGUUUCUGCAUCGAGAAGUGGGGCAAAGUCACAUCACUCCCCAGGGCUCACACGUGUUUUAACCGUCUGGACCUGCCUCCGUACCCGUCGUACACCAUGCUGUACGAGAAACUCCUGAUUGCUGUGGAGGAGACCAGCACUUUUGGCCUGGAGUGAUCAACAGAUUAACGUUAGGCACCCCUCUCUAUGAAACACUGGCUGGGCCAACUUGUAAACAGAAAAGUAAAUACAGGAUGUGGAUUGUAGUCAAAUACGUUUUUUGGUCAUGUGGAUAAAUGUCCAUCACUAAUGUAGUACGAUGUGGUAAAGUGUGGAGUUUGACACCAUUAAAACCACAGCAGGACAACAGUUAUUUUUAUAACCACUAAGCCAUUUACGACUGAAAAAAUAAAUAUACAGUUCUAGCAAAUAAAAUUAUAAGCUAAACAACAGUGAUUUACUGUAAGUCACUGAAGUAUCUAUACAUUAGCAGCUAAAUACUUGAAUCAGACAUUUAAUGUAAAGAAAAGAGGAUAAUAUUAAAAAAUAAAACCCAGGAAAGAGAAGCAAAUACAAUAAUACAAUUAUAAAAAAUAACUAAUUCAAGAAAAAAAGCUUUUAAUAACUGUUUUUAAAUGGUUUCCUUGAAUCAUAAUUAAUGAUAUGCGCAAAGUCUCAGGUGGUUUGAUGCUGGUAAAUCUAUAAAUGUGGAUUAAAAGAAGAGGUUUAAAUUAUGACAGAGAUUUUUUUGACAGAGAGUUCAACUUUAUUACUGUGGCUACAAGGCGUGUGUGUCUGGACUGUGGAGCCCAGAAAGGGGGCGAGCAGGUGGUCUAAAGCCUCAAAGACCUGUAAAAACCUGAAACCACUCCUGAAGAUCAGCAGUGGGAGAGUAGACAAACAUAUAAGAUGCCAGAGGGAGAGAAGCCGGGAUCAUUAUCAACAUCUUUUUAAGCUAAAGAAAAUGACAUAAAAUUAAGUAUUGUGCAAAGAAAUUAGUAGCUGCUUAAAAACAACUACGUGUUGUGAAGACACUGUGUCUGCAGAAAGUUGCUCUCUGGGCUGUUGGACAAGUUGUGCUGUUGUAAAUGGUGAGGAUACAAAUCAUCCAGAGCUACUGACAUACAGUAAACACCCUGCUGUGAAAAUAGGACUUAAACCACUGACAUCAGUGCCACUAAUGAAGCCACACAUGCAAUACAAGCAUGUGAAGGCGCCUCUCCUGGACCCAGACUCUGACCACUACUACUAUUAAAUAUUGUCAUCUAGCGACACUUGACCCUGACUUUAAAGCUGGCCUCAACCUCUUACCACAAACAUCUCAUACCAGUCUCUCCAAGUUGUCUCCAAAGCAGCGACGGAUGCCACGUGACUCCUGGGACCCCUCCUGUGGAGACUGAGGUGGACUGUGGCGGCUCAGCAGACAGAAUGGCUCAGUUCCUCCACGUGCCGUGGACACUCCACUUGGCUGUGAGUCCUGUCGGCUGCAGUUUGAAUGGAGAGCGCUUUCUCUCCUGUUCAAGUCUUCCACUGAUGGACCUCAUUCUGUCUGCAUAUUAUUGCUCUGUGCGCCAAGCAGCUACUCCACUAUCUGAACCUUUACUGUCUCAUCAUGGCUGGUGUGGGUCUCCAAGGGCUUCACAGAUGGGCCUCCCGAACCCGUGCAUACCUGUGAUGUACAGACAGGCCCGUUGGACAACCAGUGUAAUAUAUAUAUGCAAUACUUACUGUAUGAUGUUUAUUUCAGUGAUGGACUGCAGUGUUUCCUUUGUCUACACCUAAUCCAGUAAUAGGACUGUAUCUCAGUUACUACUUCCUCGUGUGGCCUGUGGGGUUUAGUGGUUGUGAGUAAAAGCUGAGUUGCGGUUUUUGCAUCGGUUGUUUCUGAAACCCUGUUUGCAUGUUAUUCUGGUGUUCGUCUGGGUUUCCUGUGCAGAAAUCCACCUCCAAACGGGUUUAUGGGAGACUGUCACAUUUCAUUUACACUCUUUUUUUAAUUUCUUACUGUCUUGUUGUGGUCCUACUGCACCACACAAUACUCAUGUAAUAUAUAACACGCCAAGAAUAAAUGAACCAAUGAUGCUGGACUGGAAUCAUGCAGCGUUUAGCCAGAUGUGGAGACAUCCAGCGUCCUUAUAGCCCCUUUUCUACUGUAUGUCUUAGGUUGCUGCUGUGUGCAGCUCGUCGGUGGAAGCAACUUUAUUUUACACACCAAAGUGUGUAAAAUCAGAACUACAUGUAUGAAAAGCAUCAUGUGUCUUCAGAGUUAGCUGCCAUUUACAGGUUUGUAAAGUGGAAAUAACCUAAAGGAAACUAACAGACGCUGACUCUACAUCAGAUACUAACAGCAGCACUAACAGCACCAUGUGUCAACUGUUAGCUGUGUUUGGGUUGAAUAAAGAGCACUGGGAGGUAAACAGAAUCUAGCUUUGGUCUCACUGACCAUUAAUGCGAGUCUGUGGGGAGUUUUAGGUUUGCUACUGUAGGUAAAAGUCUGCUGUUAAGUUCACAAAGUGUGAACUCUUCACGAGGAUGCUAAACGUCUAGCUAACUUCGCUAACUCAGCCCAUGUAAAGAUUUAAGCGCUGGGGCUUUAUUUAAGAUAUACAGUAUAUGUUUAAAAUCCCAUCCAUUUUUUUAAAACGUACGCGUAAUGCGGACAAAUACAACUUACAUUUACAAAAGGUUUCUUUUGUGAGUGUGUCUACUGUUGUAGAUGUUCUCAGCAACAUUAAGCCAGAUGGUUUUUUGUAACAGAACGCAUUAAGUCACUAGUCUGACCAAGACCCUAAUGGACUUGAGCCGGUGCAGCCGAUUAAAUGAGAGUGGUGUGUUAUCAGUAGGACGGAGCACUACCUCCCUGUGAUCACGUCCGUCAUCACCCACAGCUCCACGUUAAUGUGGGAAACCAGUGUUUGGGUCCAGUCACACGUCCAGGCCUCAUGCCUUGGUUCCCGACCGUAAUGAUGACACUCUGUCUCCACGCGGUGCCGUUUGGGCAGAUAAUGAACAAAACGCUGUUGUUUUGCACGGGAUGUCGAAAACGAUCCAUAACUUUCACGAAUUCAUCCAACGUUCGUGUUGUUGUCCAGCACUGGGCUGAGGUCAGAACCCUUUAACUGCCCAACAAGGCUUGAAAUAAGCAGGACUGCAUUUGUUUCCCGGUGGUUGGUCCAACUGGAGCUGGAGCAGCUUCCAGCCAAAUUCAAACCCUCCGUUGGCUAAUUGGUGCUUUUUGGAGUAACUGUCCCGAGUCCUGCACACAAUUGACUCUACAACAUAGAAAUAUUAUGCAAAACCAAUGUCGGAUUGGAUUGAAUUGUUUUUUUGGUCUCUGGUGGUGAACUGACGGCGGCGGGGGUCCGAUCCGUCCCUGCAGCCAUCGUUGGCGGUGCUGAGGCCUUAUCCAGGACAACCAGGCUGUGAUCAUGUUGCAUGUCUCUUUCUUUUCUACAAGUUUUUGUACCGUUCUUUAUACUGUGUUGUGAGUAAAGGGAGAAAUAUCUUCCCUUGAAUGUUUUUUUUUCUUUUUAUUUGCGAUCCGGGACACUGCAUCAGUCAGUUUGCCUUCACCUUUUAAAGCCUUUGUGUUUGACCACGUCUGUGUUUUCUAUUGCAUCUGGAGGCGCGUGCUCGGUCGGCGAGCAUCCGUGGCGCCUGCUGUGUUUCCACACCUCUCAUUGUAACGCGUGGGGCUUUUGGGGGGCUUCCGUGUCACAACGCAUGGCUCGCUAGGUCACGUUUGUGUUGAUGUGUCGAAUACGCGUACACUCAUGUUUAAUAUAAGAAAAGAACGGCCGCAAGCACUUCCAAAAAGGUUGAUAGAAGCUAUUGUAGAGUUGUUUGGAAUAUUUGUAUCUGUUGGAAUAAAGGACAGGAUGUCAACAGGUGGCAAAUUGUAGCGGCUGUUAAGUAUUUGUGUAUUUUUAGUGCAAUUUAUUUGUCUUGAUUCUGAAGCGUGCGUGUGAAUGGCAGGAUGAGCUGUGGCAUCUCCUGGUGGCGCUGACGCUGACGCAUGCCUGUUCCUCUUUGUAGUUUCACACAGGCCAGAUGUAAAUAAUGCUGAAGGCACAGCUGUCCCUGUCUGAGAAAGGGUUAAAUACUCAGGCUGUGCGCUCGCUCCAACGUACCAGACAACUGUUGAAUGAAUCUAAACAAAAAGGUCACUUUAUUGUUUUGCUGCCAUUGUGUGGAUACGUAGGACAGGAACUAAAAAAAAGACAUUACGAUUAGAGUGACAAUCAAAUCUCAAGGUUCAUUCUUGAAGGAAUGUUGUAAUAUCAUUAUCUUGUUUUGGUAUAAUUCUUAAAAAAUAAAAUAUGAUGAAGUACAA